UUUUGUUUAUUCUAUUUCCUUAGACCUUCACUGAUCCAAAAGUUCAACAAAGGAUGACUUUUUCUUUAUUCUGACACACUUUAGAAGUGAAGUGAGUGUCAGCUGGGAUAUUUUGCAAAUGUUUAUCGAGCAUCAUCACUAUGUGCCAGGCAUUUGUUGGACAUCGGAGAUAUAACUAUGAGCCAGACAGAUAAGAUCCCUGCCUUAAUGGACUUGGUGGUCUAAUGAGAAGAGAGCCAAUAAAAUAGGCCAACUGUUGAAGACUGCUGAAAAAUAAUCUGGUGCAAAAAUGUUCUUCAGUAAAAAGAAAUCCUCUGAAAUGGAACGGACAGUGAAAGCCAAUGACCGUGAAUUUAACGAAAAGUUCCAGUAUGCAGAUAAUCGCAUCCACACAUCCAAGUACAACAUUCUCACCUUCUUGCCAAUUAAUUUAUUUGAACAGUUCCAAAGAGUGGCAAAUGCCUAUUUCCUUUUCCUUCUGAUUUUACAGCUGAUUCCAGAAAUCUCUUCCUUGACGUGGUUUACCACCAUUGUCCCUUUGGUCCUGGUAAUAACCAUGACAGCUGUCAAAGAUGCCACAGAUGACUAUUUUCGUCACAAGAGUGAUAAUCAAGUGAAUAAUCGGCAGUCUGAAGUGCUCAUCAACAGCAAGCUACAGAGUGAAAAAUGGAUGAAUGUGAAAGUGGGAGACAUCAUUAAAUUAGAAAAUAACCAAUUUGUUGCUGCUGAUUUGCUUCUUCUAUCAAGUAGUGAGCCACAUGGCCUCUGUUCUAUUGAAACUGCUGAGCUCGAUGGGGAAACGAAUCUGAAAGUCCGCCAUGCGUUAUCAGUUACUAAAGAGCUUGGAGCAGAUAUCAGCAGGCUUGCAGAGUUUGAUGGGAUUGUUGACUGUGAAGCACCUAACAACAAAUUAGAUAAAUUCACAGGAGUCCUCUCUUGGAAAGACGGCAAGUACUCUCUCAACAACGAGAAGAUAAUCCUGAGAGGCUGCGUCCUGAGAAACACCAGCUGGUGUUUUGGAAUGGUUAUUUUUGCAGGUCCUGACACUAAACUAAUGCAGAACAGUGGUAAGACUAAAUUUAAAAGGACGAGCAUUGAUAGAUUGAUGAAUACGCUAGUACUGUGGAUUUUUGGGUUUCUGGUAAGCUUGGGAGUUAUUCUUGCAAUAGGAAAUUCAAUCUGGGAGCAACAAGUUGGGGACCAAUUCAGAACUUUCGUCUUCUGGAAUGAAGGAGAGAAGAGCUCUGUGUUCUCAGGAUUUUUAACAUUCUGGUCAUAUGUUAUUAUUCUCAAUACAGUUGUACCCAUUUCACUCUACGUGAGUGUGGAAAUAAUUCGUCUGGGACACAGUUAUUUUAUAAACUGGGAUCGGAAGAUGUAUUACUCUGGGAAAGCAACGCCUGCUGAAGCUCGGACAACAACACUCAAUGAGGAACUGGGCCAGAUUGAAUAUGUUUUCUCUGACAAAACAGGCACCUUGACUCAAAACAUCAUGACUUUUAAAAAAUGCUCCAUCAAUGGGAAGCUCUAUGGUGAAGUACAUGAUGACCCAGGUCAGAAGACAGAAAUGACUAAGAAAAAAAAGCCUGUGGAUUUCUCAUUCAACCCCCAAGCAGAUAAAAAAUUUCAAUUCUUUGACCAUAGUCUGGUUGAAUCCAUUAAACUGGGUGAUCCCAAAGUGCAUGAAUUCCUUAGGUUACUUGCUCUCUGCCACACCGUAAUGUCAGAGGAAAAUAGUGCAGGUGAGCUGAUUUACCAAGUUCAAUCACCUGAUGAAGGCGCUCUAGUGACUGCUGCAAGAAAUUUUGGAUUCAUUUUUAAGUCUCGAACCCCAGAGACUAUAACAAUAGAAGAACUGGGAACACUAGUUACUUACCAAUUGCUUGCCUUUUUGGAUUUCAACAAUAUCAGAAAAAGGAUGUCUGUCAUAGUUCGAAACCCGGAAGGGCAGAUAAAGCUUUAUUCCAAAGGAGCAGAUACUAUUCUGUUUGAAAAACUUCACCCUUGCAAUGAAGACCUUCUGUCCUUGACGUCAGACCAUCUCAGUGAAUUUGCAGGGGAAUGCCUCCGAACCUUAGCCAUUGCAUACAGAGAUCUGGAUGACAAGUACUUUAAAGAGUGGUAUAAAAUGCUUGAAGACGCAAAUGUUGCCAUAGAUGAGAGAGAUAAGCGGAUAGCUGGGCUCUAUGAAGAAAUUGAAAAAGAUUUGAUGCUACUAGGUGCCACUGCUGUAGAAGAUAAGUUACAAGAGGGUGUUAUCGAAACGAUUACAAGUUUAUCACUAGCCAAUAUUAAGAUUUGGGUCCUAACAGGAGACAAACAAGAAACUGCCAUCAACAUUGGUUAUGCCUGCAACUUGCUGACUGAUGACAUGAAUGAAGUGUUUGUUAUAGCAGGGAACACCAGUGUGGAAGUUAGAGAAGAACUCAGGAAAGCAAAGGAAAAUUUGUUUGGACAAAGUAGAAGUUUUUCCAAUGGCCAUGUAGUUUGUGAAAAAAAGCAGCAGCUGGAGAUGGACUCAAUUGUAGAAGAAACCAUAACAGGAGAUUAUGCCUUAAUCAUAAAUGGUCACAGUUUGGCUCAUGCCCUAGAAAGUGAUGUCAAGAAUGAUCUUCUAGAACUUGCCUGCAUGUGUAAGACCGUGGUGUGCUGCCGAGUCACCCCACUCCAGAAAGCCCAAGUAGUAGAGCUGGUGAAGAAGCACAGAAAUGCCAUCACUUUGGCCAUUGGCGAUGGAGCCAAUGACAUCAGCAUGAUCAAAAGUGCUCACAUUGGCAUUGGCAUCAGUGGCCAGGAGGGACGGCAGGCAGUCUUGGCCAGCGAUUAUUCAUUUGCACAGUUUAGAUACCUCCAAAGGCUUCUGCUUGUUCACGGAAGGUGGUCCUAUUUCCGAAUGUGCAAAUUCUUAUGCUAUUUCUUCUAUAAGAAUUUUGCAUUCACACUUGUGCAUUUCUGGUUUGGUUUCUUCUGUGGUUUCUCAGCCCAGACUGUUUAUGACCAGUGGUUCAUCACCCUUUUCAACAUCGUUUACACGUCACUGCCUGUUUUAGCCAUGGGGAUUUUUGACCAGGAUGUGAGUGACCAGAGCAGCAUGGACUAUCCCCAGCUCUACAAACCUGGACAGCUAAAUCUACUUUUCAACAAGCGUAAAUUUUUCAUCUGUGUGGCUCAUGGAAUCUACACCUCAUUAGUCCUUUUCUUCAUCCCCUAUGGGGCGUUUUACAAUGCAGCUGGAGAAGAUGGGCAGCACAUUGCCGACUACCAGUCCUUUGCCGUCACCAUGGCCACAUCUUUGGUCACUGUGGCCAGUGUGCAGAUAUCGCUGGAUACCAGUUACUGGACUGUCAUUAAUCACUUGUUCAUCUGGGGCAGCAUUGCCACUUAUUUCUUCAUUUUAUUUACAAUGCACAGUAAUGGCAUCUUUAACAUGUUCCCAAACCAGUUUCCAUUUGUUGGAAAUGCACGGCAUUCCUUGACUCAGAAAUUCAUCUGGCUUGUUGUUCUCUUAACGACAGUGGCUUCAGUUAUGCCUGUGGUAGCAUUCAGAUUUUUGAAGGUGGAUUUAUACCCAGCCCUGACUGAUCAGAUCCGCCAGUGGCAGAAGGCUCAAAAGAAAGCAAGGCCUCCAAGUAGCCGAAGGCCUCAGACCCGCAGGUCAAGCUCAAGAAGAUCUGGAUAUGCUUUUGCUCACCAAGAGGGCUAUGGAGAGCUUAUCACAUCUGGAAAAAACAUGCGCGCUAAAAAUCCAACCCCAACAUCAGGAUUGGAAAAGACACUGUAUAAUAGCACUAGCUGGAUUGAAAAUUUAUGUAAGAAAACCACAGACACAGUGAGCAGCUUUAGCCAGGAUAAAACAGUGAAACUUUGAGUCAAGAUGAAUUUGAACCACACAGUUAUCUUUUCACUUCAGCUGGAGCUGAAAUUCAGCAGACUCCAGAGUUUGGGAUCAGGGAAUGGGGUGAGGCAGAUCACCUCACUUCACUUAAAUCUGUGGCAGACAGAUUUGAUGGUGCCCAUCAAGAAGCAGAGUUGCGCCGAAAAACCAAAUCAGAUGGUCCCUGUCUAGUUCUUGGUUUUUAUCAACCUAGAUACCGUUGACCCUGAACUUCAGAAUCUCAUUUUUGGAGAAAAACUUGUAAAUCUGCAUAUACAUUGACUGGAUCCUCAGGUGUGUUCCAAAAGCAAAUAUACCAGCUGAAAAUGAUGCUUAUUGAGAGAUAAACACAUAUAUAUAUAUACAAGAACAGCCUUUUCCAAGGUACACUUCCAAGAUUUAAAAUGUGUACUAAGGUGCUUUCAGACUAAGAACAGCUUGUCACUCACCAGUCUUGAUGUCUCCCUAUCUGCUCAGUCAGGGCAACAAGUCACCUUCAUGCCUGAAGAAUAGAAAAGCAUGCUGGUGGUCCUCGAUUUUCUAUUAGUAAAUAAAUCUCUGGGGGAAGAGUAAAUGGAGAGCAUCUUUACAUUAGAGUAUGCUGGUAAUUUGGUCGAAUUUAUUCAAAAAGCUCUCAAACUCUCAUUUAGGGACAUUCUCACAAAAUGUCAAAGAGAAACUCUCUAACAAGUAUUCUACAUACUUCUCGAUGACUUUUGUAACAGCCUCAGUAGUAAUUUCCUAAGCAUCAUCCAGAGCCAUUGAUAGAAUCAACAAAGCAUUGGGAUUUCACACUUUAAUGAUAGCAUUCCACACAGUCUAUGGUUGAAUACUUUCAACAUUUCCAAUUUUAAAAAGUUAAGAUUUGAAACCAAACAAAUUAAUAAGAAAUCUCUUCAAUUACUACUUAAAGACUCAGGUUUAGAUCAUUUAGAGUUAGUUGCUUUUGAUAACCAACUGCCAUAUUUAUAAUAUAAACAUAUAAAUAUAUGAAAAUGAGGUUGAGUUUUAGAGAUGAUCCACCCUAACUUUUAAGACCGCUUAUAAGUCACCAGUUUAUUUCCUGUAAAAGGAUUCAGGAAGAUUUGUGUUCAAACCCCACUCUGUCACUUAUUACCUCUAUAACCUUGAGCAGGUAAUUAAAGUACCUUCUCUGAGCAUUGGGUUUGUCCUCUAUAAAAUAAGACUAUACUACCUACCUCAUAUGAUUGAAGAUUGUCAAACCACAAUCUCAAAUCAUUAAAAAUAUAAUUCUCAUACAAAUAGAUGAUGAGUUAAGUUUCAUUUCACUCAUCAUCAGAAUAAUUGAGUAAUUUGAGUAUGAAGAACUGGAAUUUAAGUAAUUAAUAGAGAAAGUCAUGAUAAAGUAUGAUUGCCAAGUAAGAUAUAAAACUAGUUAGUGUUCUAUGGGGCAAAAAACUAUAAUCUUUGAGGUGAAUUUCUCCACCAGAAAACAAAAAUAAAUCAUACUUUAUCAGUUUUCUACAAGUCAGCCUCCAACUUUACAGGAUCCCUAACCUGGUCCCUCUUAAAUUAUUGGUCAAGGUUACAUUUCCCAAGAGAGUCAGAUGACCCUUGGGUGGGCUUGAUGAAUGAUGGGCUAGCAUGGUAUUAAUUAGUUGCACAAUAAUCAUUUUUCCUUAUUUCCAAGUUUGGGAAUGGAACCCUGAAUUGGAUCAACUGAGGUAAGAUGUGAAAAAGAGCCUAAGACAGUGCUUUAACCAUAGUAAAUGAGCAUAGAUCAUUCCCUUUUCCCCUACUUCUCUGCCUAGAUUUGCCCAGAUGGUAGUUUUCAAUGUGUAAUUUGUCAUUAGUUUCACUGUGUUUGCUAGCUUUUUGUAACAUAUUUGAAAUAUUUGAAAACUUUUGGUAAAUGUUUUGGCACUACUGGUGUUUGAUGUUUUGUCUCUUCUUUAUUAGAAGUCACUUGGGAGAGCUUUUGUGACAUUGGUCAACUGAUUUUGUUGUUGUUGUUAAUCUACUCUUUGCAUGCCUGGGGAAAAUGUCUAUCAUUCUUAGGAUUAGAGUUAAGAAUAAAAUGAACAAUUGGAUCUGUGUGUAAGGGAUGGAAAAGAUUAGGACUGGUCCAAGUUUGAAAAAUCAGUUAUGACGAAAUAAGGCUGUUUAUAAACCAAUAACAUGGGAUGAUUGUAAGAGAAACACUUUAUCAACUUACUUUGGCCCCUUGAGAUCCGAAUAAACUCACACACCCAUUUUGAGAUCGUUUAGUUACAAAUGCCAGAGUUUAUUUUGAACCUGAAGAUUGAAAAGGCUGACUAGUGGGCAGUGAUGGGGGUACACUGGGGAAAUAAUAAAACUUUAAUAUUACAUACAUGUUAUCAGAUUGUUUGGAAAGACUUUUUUUUUUUUCCCCCUAGUUUCAGGAUUUAAUUUGGUAAUCUUGGGAUUUUCAAGUCUUAGCCUGAGUUUUGAGCUAUUAUAGGCAUUUAUAAAUUGUAUUUCUCUGAUGUAGAUCUGCUAUUUUUAUCCUUCUCAUUUGCCUUCAGGUAUACAUACCUAUGAAGGAAAGAAAAAAGAGAAGUGUAACGGGAAAGAAAAAGAAAAAAAUAGAGGGAAGGAAGCAGGGAGAGAGAAAAGAAUUUCCAGUUUUGUAUCUCUUGAGGUGAUGUGACUCUCUGAAAAAUAAAUUUAGUCCCUCAAAGGAAAAAAAUUAGGUUGUAUUUGAGACUUAAAUAACAAAGCUUUCUUCAUAUUUAGUGUGUGAUCAAGGGAACCUUACAGGAAAGGGGGCCAGGAGCGCUGGCUUGCCAUCCAGCAAUGCUGCUACUUUGUUGAGCUGGGCCAUGCCACCUGACUUCUUCUGGCCUCAGUUUCCUUAUCUAUCAUUGGCGAAAUCGGACAGGAUGGCCUCUAAGGCCCUUCCUCAUGCGCCCACUCUGUAAGCUGUUCUUGCCAGCAUUGUCUACUAUGUACUUGCAAUUGUUUUUGUUGAGAAGGGGAGAGAGAGAAUCGCAUGCUCAUUUGAGGGCAGGGCCUGGCUCUUGCCCUUGUUUGUAUUUCUCUAGAACAGUUUCUGGUAUACUGCUGUCUCCAGUCUCUCACUCACCAUGGAAGUGCCAUACCCUGUGGUGGUGCUUUGUCUGGGUCAGGUGGACACACU